GCCGGUUUUACUAGUAAGUCAGUCAGUUACAAUGGGAAUUAGGGAAUUAGUUGAAUUUAAACAUCCUUUUUUAUUCUUAUUUUUUCGAAAUGCUCCAAACUUGUUUCAGAUAACCUCGAAUAAUUCACAAUCUUUUUAUGUGUCUACCUACUUCUUUUUAUUAUUCAUUCCUUUUUAUGGUUUUUUUUCCUUAUAGGCCUUUCAUUUUGCAACAUAGAAAGUGUUGUGUAUGUCUCCUAGAAUUCGUUCCUUACGAUACCCGAGACCCGAGGAUUCCGUUUUGUUUCGCCGAUAUAUGAUCUGGCCUCACGCGACUCGGAGGGAUACCUAAUUCGCAUCCCUUUUUUCCCCUCCUCCCGCGUUGUGCGCUCGAUUCGAUAUGGCGCCUCAGGAACCGUUUAUGUUUGCGGAGGGCGAUAGCGAAGCCGAGUACGAUAUACCAAGACGGAGACUUUCCGAACCGCCCGCGCCCUCCGAGAAUAUGACCGGAUCGUCUAUGUCCUGGGGAAGCAUACCGAGCUUAGGGAGGAAAGCCGGGAUAGGGAAUAUGGCGAGGAGAACGCUAGGGAUUACGUUGUUGCUGGUUACAGUGUUCCUAUGGACGGCGUCGAAUUUCCUUGCGAGUUACAUAUUUUCCGACCAUACAUACGACAAACCUUUCUUCCUAGUGUACAUCAACACCUCCGUAUUCGCCGUAUCCUUCAUCCCAGUCACCAUAAAAUACUGCCUCGAGAACGGCGGUUUCACCCGCGUUAAGAACCAAGCGAUCCAAGAAUGGCGCUCCCGCCACCACGGCGUCGAGCGCUUAAAAACAUCCGAGGAAGACGAAGAUCUCACAGCCGGCGAGCGAUUACUAGUCGACGACGAAGGCAGUCUCGAAGCAGCCGACCUCCCGAAACCCUCGGACAAAUUGUCGUUUUUCGAGACUGCUAAGUUCAGUCUUGAGUUCUGCAUGAUUUGGUUCUUGGGUAAUUACUUCGCGUCCGCGUGUCUGGAGUACACGAGCGUCGCCAGCGUUACGAUACUCACGUCGACGAGCAGCGUCUGGACGCUGAUCUCGUGCGCCGUGAUGCGUAUUGAGCCCUUUUCCGUGCGCAAGUUGAUCGGCGUGCUGGCUUCGCUUGCUGGUAUUAUACUUAUUUCGACUGUCGAUUUGUCGGGCCAGGAUAACGAUGAUCAUAGAGGGAAUUUCCCGCAUAAGAGUCAACAACAAAUCGCUAUCGGCGAUGCGAUGGCGUUCUUUAGCGCGGUUGUAUAUGGGCUGUAUGUCGUCGUUAUGAAGGUGCGCAUCGGAAACGAGGAUCGUGUUAAUAUGCCCCUGGCGUUUGGCUUCGUGGGCGUGUUUAAUAUCUUGUUUUUGUGGCCGUUGUUUUUUAUCCUGCAUUUUACGGGGAUUGAGACGUUUGAAUUGCCGCCUAGUGGAAAGGUCUGGGCUAUUAUUGUGCUCAACUCGAUAUCCUCCUUCAUCUCUGAUAUAUCAUGGGCAUACGCCAUGUUAUUAACGACACCGUUGGUUGUUACCGUCGGUCUGUCCUUGACGAUACCGCUAUCACUAAUCGGCGAGAUGAUUCAAUAUGCGCAAUACUCUAGUUUUGUGUACUGGAUCGGCGCUGCGAUUGUUUUGGUGUCUUUCAUAUUCAUCAAUCAUGAGAGUCACGAGGAAGACGACGCCGCGAAGGCUGGUUUUGAGAGAGGGAGUAGGAGUAAUUUACCAGAGCCAUGAUUUUUUUCUAGGCUCUAGUAUUCUUGAGGCUUUUUCGGAUGGGAUUAUUGGCGAACGGCGUCGUGGUUGGGAUAAUUGAUCGGGUUUUCAGAAUGGGUGCAUUACACGGAUUGGUAGGGUGUCUACCCGUACAAGGCGGGACGCUUUGUAAAUAUCAUAGAGUAGGUAUUGCUACGAGUAUAGCAUACUAAGUACUAAAGAGCCGGGAGAGCAAACUUGCUGGCCUGAAUAACUACCUCACCUUUAUGUUUCUUAGAGUUGUUCCUGGGUGGUAUGAUGGAUAUCCCUUGUUUAGGGCUAGUAGACGAUGUUUGCUCGGAUUCGAGGAACAUACCGCCGAAUAUCGGGGCGUACUGAUGGAUUAGAUUAGAUCUUUGUGCUCACCUAGGUAUCUAUAGUAUACAUGACAAAGAGAAACUAGAGAGUUGUGGGUAGGGCUGGUGAGAUAUGAGCUGGCGUGUUCGGCUAAGUAGACCUACUCGAGAACGUGGUGCAGGAAUAGUUCUUUGUCUUGUGAGUUUGAUUUAUAAGUUGAACGGAUAUUCCCGGUCUAUAUAGAUGAGGUGAAAUGAUUCAACUUCACCUAAUCCGCAAUAGAACUAGCCUCUAGGUCAGAAUACUUCGGU